GACAGUUGACGUGGCUAAUGUUUAUUGUUUAUUUGAGCUGUCAUUUAUAUUUGUAGUUAACGGCAUAGUUUUUGAAUCUUAGUUUAGUGUUUAAAUUUAAAUUCUGAAUCUUGUAACAUUUUAAAACGAUAUUAAUAAUAUGCGUAACCUAUCAUCAAGAUAAUAAAUAAUGCAGAGGCAACGACUAUCUCGUGAACUUGCGAAAAUGGAGAUUUCUCCUCCACAAGGGAUUUGUGUAUUUCCAAAAAGUGAGAAGUUCGACAUUUUAGAAGCAAAAAUCACCGGACCUGAAGAAACGCCAUAUCAAAAUGGUGUUUUCAAUCUAGAAAUUAUUGUCCCAGAAAGGUAUCCAUUUGCUCCCCCAUCUAUAAAAUUUGUAACUAAAAUAUAUCAUCCAAAUAUUGACGAUAAUGGACGUAUUUGCUUGGACCUAAUAAAAAUGCCCCCUGCUGGUAAUUGGAAACCGACUAUAGGACUUGAGGGCUUACUGAUUGCUAUCCGGAUGCUUUUAGAAACGCCUAAUCCUGACGAUCCUUUAAUGGCAGAUAUUGCAGAAGAAUUUAAAAAUUAUAAUAAAGAUUUUGUUAGAAAAGCAAAAAUGUUUACUGAGAAGCAUGCACAACAAUAAUGUACAAAUAAAAUUCACAUAUUUAUUUUUCUAUAAAACUAAUGUAUUAUAUGUAUGUCAAUACAAUUAAUGUAUUCGACUAUUUGUAUUUUAUUUUUUAUAGACUAUUUACUACGUCAAAUCAAUUUACAAAUGUAGGUAUUACUUAAAAUUGGUAGCUAUGCCAUGUCAAAUAAAAACAUGUUUUUUUU